AUGAAGAAACCAGUGCCUUUGCAAGUAUGUUCAACUUUCACCAGGCUUCUCAAAGUAUUGGCUCCUCCUGCUCCUUCACUUCCAACUUCAAUAGCUCGAAGAUUAAUGGCUUCCAACUCCAGCGCUGACAUGGCCAUGGCCAAGAACAUCUCCUUCUCUUCCUACGCUCGUUUGUGGGACCUUGUCGAGAUUCUCCACGGCCUUCUUCUACAACAAGGCCAAGACACUGCGGCGCAGAGGCUCCACCGUGACCCGGGCUAUAAGUUAUUACACGACCGCGUUAUGGAUCUCUUGGCGGAGCAGUUGAAGUCUGAUAUUGACAAAUUGAAGCAACACAGGCUAAGGAUGGAAUCGGAAUUGAAACCGCCAUCCGAAGAUGAUGAUAAAGAAGGUUGUACAACUCUUUUUGUUACCGGGGCUGCAGCCUGUUGCACUCCCAAUAACAGCGAAGACGACCACACCAGACGCUCCGUUUUGCUGUUUGAAAGCCUUGGGAGUAGACUUUUCCCGCCAGAGUCGGAUCAAUCAGAAGAGUGGGAACUCCUUAGAAAGGAGUUUUUGGAGCCCUUGGACGAGCAUCGUCGACGCAUGUAUUUCAUUCGGAAGCCCUGUGUGGUUAAGAAGUAUUUGGAGGAGGUGAAAGCAGGCGGCAGCAGCAUCAUAAAGCCGGAUGCACUGCUUCCAAAUGAUAUCAUAAGAUACGUAAAAGAUAAGGAUGUCGGCGAGGCAGCUGAGCUUCAGUGGAAGGCAAUGGUGGAGGACAUGUACCUAAAGCAAAAGCAGGGGAAGGAGGGUUCGGGCAAAUUUAAAAACUGCUUGGCAGUUUGUAACAUCACCGAUUUCAUGGGCGUGCCAAUCAUAGAAUUGGCUGCGAGCUUGGGAAUUUUGGUGUCUGAACUAACUGAAGAACCGGCAUGGAAACAAAAGGUGAUCAGUCUCAGUCCAUUACCCGAUGAGCGGCCGCUGCUGCAUUCCUUACAAGUCAGUGAUCUCAAGUCCAAGUACGAGUUCAUGAUGAGGACAUGCAUCAGCAAGCACAACCAGGGUGUUGAUUUUCAGGUGGUGUGUGAUUUGAUUCUGGAAGUGGCUGUGAAUGAGAACUUGAAGGCAGAGCAGAUGAUCAAGAAGGUGUUUGUGUUCACAGACCAGGUAAGAUUUGGUGGCUGCAGCACAUCCUGGAAGACUCUGUAUGAGGAAAUGCGGAGCAAAUUUAGGGAGCAAGGGUAUGGGGAUGAUGCGAUGCCACACAUUUUGCUUUGGCAGAUUUACGACUUAGGGGGGUGGAUGUCCCGUAUAGAAGAACCUCACCCAGGGGUGACACUGUUGGCUGGCAUCUCCGACACAUUGAUUAAGUCCUUCUUGGACAAUGGUGGGGAAAUUGGCCGACACCAUCUCAUGGAAGCAGCCAUAGCUGACGAAGAGUAUCAGAACCUCUGUGUGGUCGACUGA